GAGUGAGUCUCGGGCUGCUCUUUUUGAAUGGGAUGAUCCCUGUGCGUGUCUGACGUCCUGGGAGAGUUCCAGGAGCUGCGGAUGAAUUCCGCACGAAGGCGCUGAGGCUCCAGUCAGACUGACGCCGCGGCGCUCGCUCCAUCCAAACACACUCGCUGUACACCUCCAGUCGGCGAGAGAUUCGGCGUUCCGCUCUUUCGCGGAAUUACUCCACUACGCAGAUUGUUAUUCAACUCGUCACAUUAAGAUUAAACGGCUGACCGCCCGACGAAAAAAUCACUGUCAGGGGGUUUAUUCUAUUCCCGCCUGUAUCUUGGCUGCAAAGAAAUAAACUGAAGCUCCUGGGUUGGAGUGAUUUAAAACCGAUUUGCCCCAAGCUUUGAGAAAAAUCCAUCGUAUGAUGCACUCCACUACAUCCAUCACGUCCCUCUUCUCCUUCACCAGUCCAGCUGUGAAAAGGCUGCUGGGCUGGAAACAAGGAGACGAGGAGGAAAAGUGGGCAGAAAAGGCUGUGGAUUCCCUCGUAAAGAAGCUCAAGAAGAAAAAAGGGGCCAUGGAAGAGCUGGAAAAGGCUCUGAGCUGUCCUGGCCAGCCCAGUAAAUGCGUUACCAUUCCUCGGUCCCUGGACGGAAGGCUCCAGGUGUCCCAUCGUAAAGGUCUGCCACAUGUUAUCUACUGCAGAGUGUGGCGCUGGCCGGAUCUUCAGUCCCACCACGAGCUCAAAGCGCUGGACUGCUGCGAGUUUCCUUUCGGCUCCAAGCAAAAGGAUAUCUGCAUCAAUCCAUAUCAUUACCGCCGUGUGGAGACGCCAGUUCUGCCCCCAGUUCUUGUGCCACGUCACAGUGAGUUCAAUCCCCAGCACAGCUUAUUGGCAAAGUUCCGAAAUGCUUCCCUACACAACGAGCCUCUCAUGCCCCAGAAUGCCACUUACCCAGACUCCUUCCCAGCGAUGCCCUGUAGCUCAUUCUCUUCAUCCCCCUCCAGCUCUUUAAACCAGUCCCCGACUGCGCACAGCUACCCCAACUCCCCCAGCAGUGGGACCGACCCUGGGAGCCCCUACCAAAUUACAGCAGAGACGCCUCCACCACCCUACAGUAUGAUGGAGACCUCUCCAUCUGAGGGUGUGAAACCAGGGUUAGAGUCCUCCAAUGCCAAUAAACUCAUUCUGUCAGCCCCACACAGAGACUUGAGGCCAGUGUGUUAUGAGGAACCAGAAUACUGGUGUUCAGUGGCGUAUUAUGAACUAAACAACAGGGUGGGCGAGACAUUCCAUGCCUCUUCCAGAAGCAUCCUCGUGGACGGCUUCACAGACCCCUCCAACAACAAGAACCGCUUCUGCCUCGGAUUACUAUCCAACGUCAACCGAAACUCCACCAUUGAACACACUCGCAGACACAUAGGCAAAGGUGUGCACUUGUAUUACAUCGGAGGAGAGGUGUACGCAGAGUGUCUGAGUGACAGCAGUAUUUUCGUACAGAGUCGGAACUGUAACCACCAGCACGGUUUCCAUCCCACCACCGUCUGCAAGAUCCCGAGUGGAUGCAGCCUGAAGAUCUUCAACAACCAGCUGUUUGCUCAGCUGCUGUCACAGUCUGUCAAUCACGGCUUCGAGGUGGUGUAUGAACUUACCAAGAUGUGCACCAUCAGGAUGAGCUUUGUCAAGGGCUGGGGAGCCGAGUACCACCGUCAGGAUGUCACCAGCACCCCCUGCUGGAUAGAAAUCCACCUGAAUGGGCCGCUGCAGUGGCUAGACAAAGUUCUGACCCAGAUGGGCUCCCCACACAAUCCUAUUUCCUCUGUGUCCUAAUGCAUUACAGAACAAGGGGA